UCCCAUACAAGAAAAUUAAAUCACAAAGCACAACCCAUUGUUCUCAAAGAUUUUUGGAUCAAAUUAAUUUUUGUGUUUUAACAAACAAUGAUGUCAACAUGGAGAAAGAGAAGAGCAGCAAAGAGAAGCACAUCAAAGAAAGAAUUAAUAGAGGAAAAAACUAUGGAGUUGUUAAUGAUUCCUAGCCAUUUCAAAUGUCCAAUUUCUUUAGAUUUAAUGAAGGAUCCAGUGACUUUAUCCACAGGGAUAACAUACGAUCGAGAGAGUAUUGAAACAUGGAUUGAGGGUGGAAAUCAAACAUGUCCAAUCACCAAACAAGGAUUGAAAUCUCUUGAGCCAAUUCCCAAUCACACCAUGAGAAAAAUGAUCCAACAAUGGUGUGUUGAGAAUAAAGAUCACGGAGUUGAGAGAAUCCCAACUCCAAGAAUUCCCGUUACCUCAUCAGAGGUAACGGAGAUUCUUAGGAAGAUUGAGUCUUGCUGCUUAAAAGAGCAGCACGACUCAAAGAACUCUUGUCGAGCACUGGUCUUGAAAAUGAAGAUAAUGAUAAAAGAAAGCGCGAGGAAUAGACGUUGUUUUAUCACCAAUGGAGCUGCAAAGAUCUUAUCAUCUACACUUGUUGGAUUUUCGGAGAAAUUAUCGGUCCAUGAUGUUGAAACAAUGGAAGAAAUCUUAUCAACUUUGACUAUUUUAUUGCCUCUAGAUGGUGAGUCAAAGUCAACUCUUGGAUCAAAAUCAUCGUUAAAUUGCUUGGUUUGGUUCUUGAAAUGUGGGAGUUUAUCAAGCAGGAGAAAUUCAGUUUUAUUGCUAAAAGAAAUUAUGAAAAUAGAGGAAAAAUGGAGAGUAGAAGAGUUAUUAAAAAUUGAUGGAGCUUUAGAAGCUUUAGUGAAGCUGGUGAAAGAGCCAAUUUGCCCUACUACUACAAAAGCUUCAUUAUUAACUAUUUACCAUAUGGUUAAUUCAUCUCAAAUUAUAAACCAAAAGGCUAGAGUGAAAUUUGCUGAUUUGGGGUUAGUGGAAUUGCUUAUAGAGAUACUUGUGGAUUGUGAAAAAAGCAUAUGUGAAAAAGCAUUAGGUAUUUUGGUUGGAAUUUGCAGCUCAGAAGAAGGAAAAAGAAGGGCUUAUGGUUAUGCUUUAACCAUUCCUGUUUUGAUCAAGAAAUUAUUGAGAGUUUCAGAUUUGGCAACUGAAUUUUCAGUUUCAAUUUUAUGGAAACUAAUUGGGAAGAGGGAGCAAAGGGAAAAUGGUAAUGUUGUGCUAAUUGAAGCACUUCAAGUUGGUGCUUUUCAGAAAUUAUUGUUGCUAAUACAAGUUGGUUGUAGUGAAAGAACUAAGGAGAAGGCAAGUGAGUUGUUGAAAUUGUUGAAUUUGCAUAGAGGUAGGAUAGAGUGUAUUGAUUCUUUGGACUUGAAGAACCUAAAAAGGCCAUUUUGAAUUACCUUAGUUUAGUCCAUGUGUAUACAUAAAAAAUUUCAUUUGUCAGUGUAAAAAAUUGAACAAGAACAAAGUGUUCUGGACUUCUUUGGAUAUAACUUUGUAUUAAUUUUACGUUAUCAAUGAAUAAAGAAUUA